AUGGCGAAAACAGAUUCAGCGGCGGAGAAGCAGGAGCCCCCAAUGGAGGCCUUCAAGCUCCUCCCGAACAACACGGAUCCGAAUUGGAUCAAAGACCGGGGACUCCGCAAACUCAAUCUAUGUAUCGUGUUCAUGUUCUCCACUGCCUGUUCGGCUGGGUAUAUUGGAAACCUUGUGAAUAGCUUGCUUGUGUUGCCGGAGUUUGACACCAUUAUUGGAGGACUGGACCCCAAUAUAGUCGGACUGAUCAUUGCCGCCACUUCUCUGGGAGCAUUGGUCUCCUUUGCACCGGCGUCUUAUAUUGCCGACAGGUUCGGACGCAAGACGUGUGUCGGGAUUGGAUCCAGUAUUGUUAUUAUCGGAGCAAUCAUUCAAACCUCAAUUCAGCACCACUGGGCCUUCUUUGGAACGAGAAUUUUGUCAGGUAUAGGGAUGGGUAUUACUCAAACUGCCGCUCCUCUCCUCGCCACUGAGAUUGCUCACCCGCGGCAACGACAGACAGCCACGGCUCUCUACAAUUCAUCUUGGUGUCUGGGAGCCAUUGGCUCUGCAGUAGUCACCUAUUCAACCAUGGGCAUGAAAAGCAAUUGGUCGUGGAGAGUUCCUUGUCUGCUGCAGGUCUCGUAUCCGAUGCUCCAGAUCCUAGGGUUGAUUGUGUUUGUGCCCGAGAGCCCGAGAUGGUUAGUAUCCAAGGGCAGGAAAGAGGAGGCCCUGGCUAUCCUGGGGAAGUAUCAUGCAAAUGGAGACGCAGAUGAUGAACUGGUCCAGUACGAGUACGGUCAGAUAUGCAGCACGAUCACUGCCGAGAUCACCAAUACCACAACUUGGAGCACCUUCUUCUCAUCAAAGGGCAAUAUGCAUCGAUUGGCAAUCUGUGUAUUGGUUGGCCUCAUGCAAGAAUGGGCAGGAAAUGGUACGCUAUGCAUGAAAUUAUCCAAGGCAGGGAACAAGGCUGACAGCAUCGCAGGCAUCUUAUCCUACUACCUCGCACCCAUUCUUGGAUCAGUGGGAAUCACCAAGGAAUCCGACCAAGCAGCCUUGAACAUCAGCCUCAACGCCUGGAACUUCCUUCUGUCAGCAGGCGGCUCACUUGCAUCAGAGCGAUACGGCCGUCGUACUUUGUGGCUUAUCUCCACCCAGGCUAUGCUCGUGUUCCUGUCUGCGUCCACGCUGGCAGCCGGUCUAUUUUCCGAAAACCAUCUGCCCGCCGCGGGAAUCGCGGUGGUUCCUCUUAUGUUUCUCUUUUUUGGUGCAUAUGAUAUGGCUUAUGGACCUCUGUUUAUCUCGUAUCCAGCUGAGAUUCUUCCCUUUCAGCUGCGCGCCAAGGGUAUUGCUGUCGUUUUGUCCGUGGAUGCCGUGGCUUGCUUCUUCAACCAAUAUGUCAACCCCGUGGCGUUUACGGCGAUUGCAUGGCGAUAUUACUGCGUCUUUAUUGGCUGUCUGGUUGUAUUCUUGGUUUCCAUUUACCUGCUCUUCCCUGAGACGAGGGGGCGUUCUUUGGAGGAGGUUGGUCUGAUUUUCGACAAUGAAGAUGAGCCGGAUGGCACGGAUCAUCAAAACAAGGGGACGGAGACAAAAUAG